AUGGGAUACAAAAUAAGAAAUGAGCCGCAGGCGAACGAUGAAAAAUCGAAAUCCGCCCACAGCCAGGGCUUCGGCCAACUAUAUGCAGCGGAAAUAGAGAAUUUCAGAGAGAAACCAUGCUGCAGGACCUUCCUCAAGAUUCUCUUUAUCAUCCUUGCCGCCAUAACCAUUAUUCAAUCAAUUGUCGUAAUAGCAGUGAGUAUCGCAUCAGCCAUAGCUUCAAAGGUCUUCACUCAAGAGCAGUCCAGCCGCCUCGUGGCGUUAAUAUUACUCGCAGUCACGGCUGCAGUGACCAUAUCGGUGGUGAUCUAUACCUUGGUCGCGGUGUUAAAAAAGAAGGAGAAACCUGUUCAUGCGACCACGGCAACUAUGAUAAUAUUAGCGGUAUUACAAGCGGUGAUUGUCGGGGUGUGCAUGAGGGUGACAGUGGAAGAUGAGGUUCUGCUGAAUCGUUCCCUGGUGGACUCCUUCCGGUUGGCCAAGGACGACAACUCGAGACAUAUGAAGUUAUGGGCUGCAACUCAGAAUGAUCUCAGCUGCUGUGGAGUUUACAGCGCAGAGGACUACCGGCGUUCGAAUAUCCCGCCCUAUUUCCCCCCGGACGUGCCAAUAUCCUGCUGUCCAGGAUAUGACCCUACACGCUCAGAUCUUUUACAGGAGAAAGAAAGAGAGUCAUGUAAAGCAAAAAGAGAAUUCCAUGAAAGCGGAUGCAAGACACCAGUGCUUGCAAUGUUCAAAUUCACCUGUGCAUUGGUGCUAAUGAAUGUUAUCGUAUUAAUUGUUUUAGAGCUUCUGGUAGCCUUCUCCGGAGUACUACAUCUGAAAAUUAAACAUAAUGUGAAACCAGAUAACAUGGAACAAGUAGCUGUGGCCCCUAUACCUAUGCCACGAGCUUCACUAAGUUCAGGGAAACCGAAAUCUGUAAGCUCAACGUGA